AAACAACCAAGUCAGCCGAGUAUGAGCACGUCCAGGUCCGCAUCCCACUGGGGUUCCCCUACCGCUUCUAAACGUGCUCUGCUCAUUCAUGGGUUGACUAUGUCCUCGCAAUCGUGGGAAAGCAUCGCUCAGCUAUUAGUAGCGGAAGGAUUCUUCGUCGUCGCGCCCAAUCUUCUCGGACAUGCAUGGAGAAGAGGCACUGAUUAUCGCGUGUCCACCCUCGCAGAGGACCUCCGACCAUAUUUCGCUAUGGACAUGUCUUACGACGUGAUUAUAGGUCAUUCUCUCGGGGGCUUAGUGAUCCUGUCGUUAUUGCCAUUCUUGCCCAAGACGAAAGGAACCACUGUCAUACUCGUCGAUCCACCCCUCCAGCGUACAGCGGAACAAUUCAAAAAUGAUAAAAUCAGGUUCAUGAAGGAGAUUACGGAUGCCAGAACCGCUGACGAGCACAUGGCCGAACAUCCUGCUUGGUCUCGAGGUGACAGCAUGUUAAGAGCGCUGGGAGUCUACAUGUGCGAUCGUACUGUUAUCGAGGGGAUAUUUGAGCAUAAUAGGCCAUAUGCUUUCAGUGGCCUGUUGAAAAACAUCCCACCUCAUGUGAAGAUGACCUUGUUGAUGUCCGAUCCAGAGUCCAGUGGUGUUUGUCUUUUGGAGCACGUCCCUGUUGACGUGGUGAGAUUGAAUGUAAAAGUCCUUGACGGAAUUGGUCACUGGGUUCAAUACGAGGUUCCGAAGGCUAUUAUAGAUGAAAUUCCUUUGACAAGGGCAAAACUGUGAGUCGUGUAGACAAGGGAAAAGUAAUGUGCGACGAAUUUUGUGUAACCGCUGCACUUAAAUGUAUAAUUACUUGUUCUUGGUAAAUUUGCCUCAGAC